UAAUGAGAUAAGAGAGUGUGCAUGGAUGUGAGCAGUCAGUGAGUGUGGGUGACUGGCAGCGCAGAUGGCAUCCUACACUGUGACGGUGUCCACAGGCUCACAGUGGUUUGCGGGCACGGACGACUACAUUUACCUGACGCUGGUGGGCACAGACGGCUGCAGCGAGAGGACCCUGCUGGACAAGCCGCUCUACGACGACUUCGAGAGAGGAGCGGUGGACACAUAUGAUUUGACCGUGUCGGAGCUGAUUGGGGAGCUGCAGGUGGUGAAGCUGGAGAAACGCAAGUACUGGGUUCACGAUGACUGGUAUUGCCGUUACAUCACCAUCAAGACCCCCAGCGGCGAGUACGUGGAGUUCCCCUGCUAUCGCUGGGUCACCGACCAAAAGGAGAUCGAGCUCCGGGACGGCAAAGCGAGGUUACCCCAGGAUGACACCAGCCAGAUCACCAAACUGCACCGCAGGCGUGAACUGGAGGAGCGUCAGAAAGCGUACAGGUGGAAGGAGUGGCACCCUGGCUUCCCCCUGAGCAUUGAUGCUCUUGCUCACCACGACCUGCCCCGGGACAUUCAGUUUGACAGCGAGAAGGGCAUCGACUUUGUGCUCAACUACACCAAGGCCAUUGAGAAUCUCUACAUCAAUCGCUUCAUGCACAUGUUCCAGAGCUCGUGGAAUGACUUUGGAGACUUUGAGAAGAUCUUUGUUAGGAUCAGCAACACCAUCUCAGAGUAUGUCAUGCAGCACUGGAAGGAAGACUUCAUGUUUGGUUACCAGUUCCUGAACGGCUGCAAUCCCGUCAUCUUCACAAAGUGCAAACAGCUGCCAGACAACUUCCCCGUCACCAGUGAAAUGGUGGCUACCAGCCUGGAGCGUCAACUCAGCCUGGAGGAGGAGAUCGAGAAAGGGAACAUUUACCUGGCCGACUACCAGAUCCUGGACGAGGUGCCUGCGAACUCCACCGACCCCUGCACCAUUCAGUACUUGGCAGCACCGCUGUGUCUCUUGUACAAUAACUCCAGCAAUAAGUUGCUUCCCAUUGCCAUCCAGCUGAAACAGAACCCCGACCCGGAGACCCCCAUCUUCCUGCCCUCCGACGACACGUAUGACUGGCUGUUGGCUAAGAUCUGGGUACGCUCCGCCGACUUCCAUAUCCAUCAGACCGUCACCCACCUGUUACGGACACACCUCACUUCAGAGGUGUUCGGUGUGGCUCUGUACCGGCAGCUGGCUGCUGUCCACCCGCUUUUCAAGCUCUUAGUGCCUCACGUCAGGUUCACCAUUGCCAUCAACACCAAGGCUCGGGAGCAGUUGAUCUGCAAGUGCGGGCUCUUUGACAAGGCCAACGCCACGGGCGGGGGAGGGCACGUGCGGCUGAUACAGAAAGCCAUGGAUGAUCUGACCUACGCAUCGCUCUGCUUCCCUGAGGCCAUCAGGCUGCGGGGUGUGGAGAGCAGCGAGGACCUGCCCUACUACUACUUCCGGGACGAUGGCCUCAAGGUCUGGGAUGCUGUGCAGGGCUUUGUUACAGAGAUAGUUAGCAUCUACUACGAUAAUGAUCAGGUUGUUCGCACUGACUCCGAACUGCAGAACAUGGUGAAGGACGUGUAUGUCUACGGCAUGAAGAAUAACAAGCGUUCAGGAUUCCCCAAAGCCAUCAAAACCAUUGAGAAGCUGAUCAAGUACCUGACCAUGAUCAUCUUCACAACCUCCGCCCAGCAUGCUGGAGUCAACUUCGGCCAGUAUGACUGGUGUUCCUGGAUCCCCAACUCCCCACCCACCAUGAGGCAGCCCCCACCAACCAGCAAGGGGAAGGUGACGGUGGAGUACAUCAUCGAGAGCCUUCCUGACCGCGGGCGCUCCUGCUGGCACCUGGGCGCUGUGUGGGCACUCAGUCAGUUCCAGGACAACGAGCUGUUCCUUGGCUCAUACCCGGACGAACAUUUCACUGAGAAAGAAGCAAAAGAGGCCAUGGUGACAUUCCGGCAGAAUCUGCAGAAAAUCACCAAUGCCAUCACUGAGCGCAACAUCAACAAGAAACUGCCGUAUUAUUACAUGUCACCAGACAGGAUUCCCAACAGUGUGGCUGUGUGAGAGCGAGUCACACACUCACACAGCACCACCCACUGAUAAACACACACACAGC